GGUUGGCUUUAUGCGAGUGGUGAAUAACGUCCUGAAGAAAGGAGACUCAAGUGAAUGAGCGUUUGGGCUGCACCGGGAAGAGAACCAGCGUUUCAAAACAAAGGACAGGGACAGCUUCUUCACGUUUGCGCCUGCCAAAAUCUCUCCACCCUGACUUCCCGUGAGUAGAAGACAAUGCGACAACAAAACACAAUGUAGCUGUUUUAGGUGUGCUUUCCAAAUGGUACCAUGGCUGAAGGAAGCUGCUUCGGUGCAUUGUAGCUGUUUAGGGAUGACCAGAGAAGAAGAAGAGGAAAAAGCAAAGAAGAAAGUAUCGUGAGAGAAGGGAAAACAUCUGCUCAGAGAGGAUAAGAUCAGAACAGGGAAUCUACUGGACCUUUCUCUUUGUAAGGAAAGGAAUUUAAACUCCCCAGUAUUAGUGCUCUUUCCCUUUUAAAGGGCUUCAACGCUUCCCAUUUUAUUUUUUAUUUUUAUUGGUUGUUACCUUCUAAGAAAGAGUUAACACCAUGUGCCAUGUUAUUGUAACAUGCCGCUCCAUGCUCUGGACACUACUCAGCAUUGUAGUGGCCUUUGCCGAGCUCAUUGCCUUCAUGAGCCCUGAUUGGCUGCUGGGAUUCCCUCGGUCAGACUCCAGUGCGAGCGGGGCGGGAGUGGACUCCGGGGAGUACCGGCCGUCACUUGGCCUCUACAGCCGCUGCCUUCGUGUCGGGGCCCGGGGAGUAGGGGUGAGCUGUGGGCCUUAUGCUGGGACAUUUGGAGAAGUGGCCAGUGGCUUCUGGCAGGCUGCCAUGUUGUUUCUGGCAGCAGGGGUGUUAGUGCUAGGAGGAGUAGCCUGUAUCUCCAUCUUCAGCCUGUGCUUCCAGAGCAUCCUGAAGAAGAGCAUAUUCAACAUCUGUGGACUGCUCCAGGCUAUUGCAGGCCUGUUGCUGAUGGUGGGCCUCAUGUUGUACCCUGCCGGUUGGGGGUCAGAGAAGGUGAUCAGCUACUGCGGCCCUGAGACCUUGCCCUUCAGGCCGGCUCUGUGUUCACUUGGCUGGGCGUUCUACGCAGCGAUAGGAGGAACUUUGGGAUCCUUCCUGUGUGCCGUUUUGUCCGCACAGGCUGAGAUUGCAACCUCCAGCGAUAAGGUUCAGGAGGAGAUUGAAGAGGGGAAGAGUCUGAUCUGCCUGCUCUGAGCCUUCAGAAACCUUGGGAAACUCCAGGAAAUCAUCAUUGGUGUAAUUUCUCUGAUGUGGCCACUUGUAGAUCUCAGUGGAGGAGGACAGACAUUGUAUUGAGUGAUUUUCUUCAUAAACAUAAUCAGCUGGUUUUUGAGAAGAUAGAUGCCUCGGUAACCGCUUUCUAAAUCGUAAGACGUGGUGUUCAUGCCUAAAUGAUGAUUAAUGAAACUGCCUAAAAAGGCUACAGCAGCAUUACCUUUAGACUCAUCCAAUGUUUUUGACCAAGAUACUGUUUAUUUUUGUAAAAAUGAUUUGCUUAAACAAAUCACUGUUCUGAAAAAGCAGGAGAUUAGUUAAAGAAAUUGGUAGUGGAUGUGUUGUUAGCGUUAUUGUGGACAGGUUAAACAAUGCCAGUCAAACAGUGUACAUGUUUGUAAUGCCAUUAUAAUGUUCCUUCACGGUUCACCUGCAAACCUCAACAAACCACUGAAUACAAGCAGAUGUUUCCACUCGAGUUAGUUCAUCAACAGCGUGUGUGUGUGCAUGCAUGCGUGCGUGUGUGUGUUGAGGUUCUCUACAUUUCCAUAUGCUCUGAUUGUAUGGCACAGCUGGACAGUAAGACUCUAGCUAACUUUACACAUGCCACUUAAGGGAUUGUUCACUUUAAAGGGAGUUUCCCCUGUUAGAUUGUGAGUGGGUCUCUUGCAACUUAUUAACUGGCAGUGUGAACAGAGCAGAAAAGGAACAGACUUGUCCUAUGUAUCACUGUGACGAACUUUGAGGGGAUGUUUGCUCAGUGCUCACAGCCAGAUAAAGCAGGCUGCACCAGAGCUUUUCAUGGGUUACUUGACACACCAUAAAGACACAAUCUGGCUUUGUAAAGAUGUCCAAAAACAAAAACAAGUUGAUCAAAUUUCAAAAGGUGUUAGUGGAGUCUUUGCUAAAUGAAAUGGGUAAUUAGCGUGACAAUGAUUAAGAGAGACCUCUUUGUUUGUUUGGUACUUUUGGAAGUGACCUAUUGUCUUUUGCACUUUGUUCUUAAUUAAUUUCACAUUGCUUCAUUUUCUAUUCACGUUUUUUUAUUUUCCCAACCAUGCUUCAUUCACUUGCUGUAAAUGUAACAUCAUGGGAUUGCUUUUAUUCAUUGUAGAUGAGAUGUGCAAUAAUUCAACUAUAGUGUUUAUGCUGUGAGAGUGAGUGGACAGAGAGGAUGAAACAUUUCUAAACUCUGUGCUUAAACUAAUAUGUUGACUGUCUGCUGUUUUUGUUACAUUAACAAAAGAGUAACAGCAUCUGUGGCACAUUGUAUGAUACUGCAUGUAUGAGAGGUUAUGUGUUAGAAGAGAUUGUCUGCAUUUUGUACUCAAAUAAACCUUUAUUAAUUCUAUCGGUGA